AUGCGUGCGGAGAUAACCAGCUUUGGCAGUCCUGUCUCAUGCGGGACACGGCAAGCUGUAUCAUGCCCCUGCAGGUCUGUUUGUCCGUCGUUGAAGAAGCAGGAAGGCGGAAGUUGCGCCGACGCGAUGUGUACCCAUUGCUUCGGUGUCAAGAGGUGGAGGGGUACCCGUACGGUAUUAUUGACCUUGACCAAGAAAUCAAAUCUUCUCGCGUUUACAGUGCAGUCUGGAUGUUCCUUCGCUCGACAGACGCCAUGCCCGAGGAUCUGGCCUUAUCCAGAACUCACGCUCCUCUCGCGACCAGUCGCCGAUUCCCGUGGUUGGGCUGUGAGGCAGUUGUGCUACCAUCUACCCAGUGACAGCAGCACCGCAUGGCAAAACCACACUGUACACCUCCCACAGGAAAGCCCCUCUGAUGUUGCCGCCUUUUGA